AGCAGCCUGGGACAUUUCAAACUGGCACCACCUCCUUCUGGCCGUCUCUGAGGCCAUCCGGAGGCCAGGGCUCAGUCAGUUGAACGGAAAAACUAAGGAGAGGACUGCAGAGUCUGAGACCUUUGCGCAGAAGGCUGGAGUGUGGAGGAAGGCGGGAGGGAGAAUCAGGAGGAGGGCGCUGGGUGCGGAGGCCCCACCUUUCAUUCCAGAGCUGUACCGGCCCGGGCGGGAUGAGUCAAGACCCGCUGGUCUGCUGUGCACCUUCCCAUAGGUGAGGGAGUCGACCUCUCUGGGGAAAAACUGCAGCGCCUGCUAGUCCUAGCCUUGGCCUUGGCUGGGUGCUGGAGUCUUGGGUCUGCCGAGUCUGGCCUCUGGGGCCACGGCUGGCUUUCCCUGAUGUAUGGCAAGAGCCUCGCUCGUGUGCUUCCAUUUCUCCUGAGCUUACAGCUCACAGCCUUUUAUCCUACAACAGCAGUGGAAAUUUACACCUCCGGAGCCCUGGAGGCAGUUAACGGGACAGAUAUUCGGUUAAAAUGCACUUUCUCCAGCUUUGCCCCUGUGGGAGAUGCGCUAACCGUGACGUGGAAUUUCCGACCUCGAGAUGGGGGUCGUGAGCAGUUUGUAUUCUAUUACCACAUGGAUCCCUUCAGACCCAUGAGCGGACGGUUCAAAGACCGGGUGGUCUGGGAUGGAAACCCCGAGCGGUAUGAUGUCUCCAUCAUGCUGUGGAAGCUGCAGUUUGACGACAACGGGACAUACACCUGCCAGGUGAAGAAUCCACCGGAUGUUGAUGGUCUGAUCGGGACGAUCCGGCUCAGCGUUGUGCACACUGUGCCCUUCUCCGAGAUCUACUUCCUGGCCGUGGCCAUUGGCUCUGCUUGUGCACUGAUGAUCAUCAUAGUGAUCGUGGUGGUCCUCUUCCAACACUUCCGGAAAAAGCGAUGGGCAGAAAGGGCGGAUAAAUCUGAGGGGACAAAAUCAAAAGAAGAGGAGAAACUCAAUCAAGGGACUAAAGUCUCUGUUUAUGUGGAAGAUACAGACUAACACUGUGAGAAGCUGAGGAUUUUCGAGGACAGCAUCAGCACUCCUUGACAUCAAUGGAAACAUUUCCAGCGAUGACCUGUCGUCGUCCCACAGGUUCUGCAGCACAAACCUGCCUAGAUGAGCAACGCCCCUGACCGGCAGCUUAGGGUUCUGCCUGAGCCACUAGACUCAGGCUUACCUUCAUUACUAGGGUCCUGUCUAAUUCCAGAGCGCAAUCCUGUGUUAGCUUUUGUAAACUGCGAGGUUACAUAUUUGUCCUUCCACAUUCUUACAAUGUAUGACUCCUAUACUCCUGUGUAUACUGGCAUCAGAGGGAUAUGAAGCCAGCCAGCUUGUCUGCCAGGGCAUACCUUCUCACAUUUCAGUUUUAGAACAGCGCACAGGAGUGCUAAGGGGUCUGGAGAGAUGGCUCAACUCUUGUUCUUGCAGAAGAACCCAGUUCAGUUCUCAACACCCAUUUGGUGGCUCACAGCUAUCAGUAUCCAGUUCUAGGGGAUGUGACACCCUCAUCUGGUGUCUGCGGUUACUACAUGCACAUAAUAUGUGCAGGCCGUCCACCUUCCCUCCCCCAUAAGAUGAAUACAUUAAAUCAUUAAAAGACUAGCUAAACCAUCCAGCCAUUAUUUUUUUUUAUUAAAACCAAACCCCAAAUUUACACUGGAAGUUUGAUUUUCAUGACUGUCUUUAAAUGGAAAUAUCCUGAUUUUUUAGAUUUUUACUGAUUUUUUAAAGUGUUCUAGAUUUAUUGUUUUGUCAAUUACUCCAAGGUUUCUAGGUGACAGCGCAAGUCUAAGCACAGUAACUAUAAAAGGUCACAGAAGCACCAGGACACCAGCAAGUGCCACCAGGAUGAAUCGCUCAGCACCACUUUUGUAUUUAUUUAUUUAUUUUUAGACAGGUUCUCACUAUGUAGUGCUGGCUGGUCUAGAGCUGACUAUGCAGACAGAGUUGGCCUCAAACCUAGAGACCCCCUGCCUCAGCUCUCUAGUGCUUUGAUAAAGUAUGCAUCACCACAUCCUGCCCAACUGUAGGUUUGUAAUGAGCAUAGACAGAUUGCUUGCUAUGCGCUCCCUUUCACCCCCACCUUGGAAGACUCUGCUCAUUCGCAGAGUGGAGUCAUGAAGCAGUUUAUUAGAAGACUUUGUGACAGACUACAACUUAAAAAAAAAAAUCAGACUCGUGCCAACCCAAAGCAAAUGGCCUCUUUUUUUGUUUUUUUGUUUUUUUGUUUUUUUGUUUUUUAAGUCUUGUGUGUGAGAACUAGAAGAGAUUAUUUAAAGUUCUUUUGGUUUUGGUUCGCCUUGUUUUAAGGAGAAUUUGCUGUGGACCAAAGAAAUACCAAAACUACCUAAAUGGAAUGAACCAAUUUUAUUUUUCCCUUUAUUGAGUACAAAGCAAAGUUUUUUAAGUGGCCUAUGGAAAGAGGAGGGAUGGCUUUCUUCUCUGAGUCUAGUGACCCGGUCUGUGCGCACCAGCACUGUUUGGAGAACAGAGAACAUCUAAAGGUUCAGGUCUGGAGUGAAUCUUCACAAUGCAAUUCUUCACUGACUGAGCCGCACAGAUUGUUUCUUCUUAACAAACUGGAAAUUUCCAAAAGAUUCUAUUUUUACAUAUUGGAUCUUGAUAUUUUACCCAGUCUUUAAAAAAAAUAAAUUAGCAUAAUUUACAUAUACAUUUUGGUCUUGAAAUCCAUUCUAUAUCUCUUGUUCUGCUUUUUAUAAUGCCUGAAAAAAAAGGUUUUGUUCUUAUUUCUCUCCCUCUCCCCCUCUUUCUCUCUUAAAAAUUAAGAAAGGGUCUCACUAAAUUGCUCUGGCUGUCCAGAAACUCACUUUGUAGAUCAGGCUGGCCUUGAUCUCAGAGAUCCCACUGCCUCUGCCUCACCCGUGCUAGAAGUAAGGGAUUGCUCCUCCAUACCCUGGCCUAAAGUUUUGAUACCUAGUUUUGAAGCUACAAGCUAGACCUGUAUAUUCUCUUGUGAACAUAGCGACUGGAUAUUUCUUUAAACAGAUGGCCUGUGUAUGUUUCAUACUUGUAAUGAAGUAGUUAAAAACCCCACAGGGACUGUCUCCAUCGAACUUGCAGCUUGUGUCCUGUCUGAAUAUUCAUGGGGUACCACAUUCUUGGUCAGUAUCUCCUUCCUAAGAGUACCUUUGUACUGUAACUUAUUUUUUAUUAUGCCUGAACCACUGUGUAAAUAAACCCUUAGUAAUAAAGAA